AUGGCAGACCUUGAGGAGGCUUUGGUCAAACAUCAAUCUAAUCACAUAACUGGUUCUGAAAUGGCAAAAACAAGGAAAAAAUGGAUCGAGAGCCACAUCCAAAAUCGUUUGACACAACUUGAAGAAUUACCUACAAGCAUAGGUGAAGACCUUCAGUCAAAGUGUUUGCUUGAACUCUAUGGACUUAAGUUGAUAAAAGUUGAUAAAAGAAGAAACGAGAUGCUGAGACUAACAAAAUUAGAGGAGGAAGAAAAGAAUAGAGUAGAAACGAGGAAGAGGAAAUUCUUUGCAGAAAUACUUAAUGCAAUAAGGGAACUCCAGUUGCAAGUUCAGGCCUCUCAAAAACGUAGGAAGCAAAGGAAUGAUGUUGUUCACAUGUGCAUCCUCAGUUCAGUCCUUGAUAAGUGCCUAAGGCUGCUUGGUUUUGAGUCGGCAGCACCUUGCGAUACCUCUUGCAAACUCAGGGUUGAAGAUAGUGAUGAAUGCGAUGAUAGAAAUGAUACUGGAUGGUUACUUGGAGGUUCAUCUUUGUGA